CCGGAAUAACCCCAAAGAGAUAAGCGUGCUUGUCUCGAUAUUACUAAGCGGAAGACUAAUACAACGACGCUCAAGAUACGAUAAAAUCUUAUAAUACGAUACAAACAAUGGCACCAACAAUCCCCAAAAAAUCAAUCCCCAAAAUAUCAGACAUAAGUAGAGAGCAUUUAGCACUAACCAAGAGUCAUAUAUCACGACAAGAUUUGGCUGCUGGUGACAUGGAUUGGAUGAAAGGAAAAGUUUGGUUGAAACCAGAUGACCAAUUACAAUUAACAGAAGCAGAAUUACAAGAGGAAUUUGCCAGAGUAUUAACUGUACAUAACACCAGAAUACCAGACUCAUUGGUGGAAUGGUCAUGGAAAUUACGUGAAUUUGUGAGAUUACCCAGCCCACCACAUUUAGUGACUCUUUUGAAUGUAGCUGGCACUAUACUGCACAAAGACUCUGAAGAGGCCAAACUGCAAUUGACAGGAGAAGAUACCGCUGACGAUGAAAAUGAACUAGCAGAUGAGAAAUUGAAGCCUGACGUUGAAGUUGUAGAAGAGGUAGAACUUGAAGAAGAAGAGCAAGAAGCAGACGAAAUGGAUAAAAUGAUAGAAACCGAGGCUGAGUACGAGCAAGAAUUGGAAGCUGAGCCAGAACCUGAGGAAGAUGAAGUGGAAAAGGCAAAGCCUAAGAAAUUGCCUAAUCAAUUUAAUUAUUGUGAAAGGGCGGCGUUGACGUAUGAUAAUCCUAUGAGGGAUAUGAGCACUCAAACUAUACCUCCACCGACCGCAACUUUCAAUACGCACGUUUUCCAAUGGACUAUUUUUGACGAAUAUCAGGAAGACUUCGCUCAACAGCAGCGCGAGAAAGAAAAAGAGAAAAAAGCACCGCUGACGCAACCAAAGAAAGAGGAUGUGAAGAAGAAGGCUCAGAUCGAGACCUCAGCAAUGACAUAUAGAAUGCUACAAGCCGCGAAAACACUGGAGCGAAUGGUGAACCAAAACAUCUUCGACGAUAUAUCGCAAGAUUAUAGAUAUUGGGACGAUCCGAGCGAUGAAUUCAAGGACGGCGAGGGCUCCUUAUUACCACUGUGGAAAUUCUCUUACGAGAAAACUAAAAAACACGACAUCACAGACAUGUGCUUUAACAGCAGAUAUUACGAUCUCUUCGCAGUCGCCUACGGAACACUGUUGUUUAAUAGUACAGUAACAAACGGCACGGUGUGCUUGUUCAGCUUGAAAAAUCCAUCGUACCCAGAAUGGAUCUGUCCGACGGAGUCUCCGGUGAUGUGCUUGGAUUUUAACGCCCAACAUCCUCAUCUUUUAGUUAUCGGUACCAUGGACGGAACAGUUGCGGUUUAUAAUAUAAUGUUGCCACCGUCUGUACCGCAAUACAAGAGCAACGACGUCGUGCAGAAGCAUGGAGGGUUAGUAUGGGAGAUUCGCUGGGCACCCGACACCGAAGAGGGGAACCUGGCGUUCUUCAGCGUGAGUAUCGACGGCAAGAUAAAUCAUUGGGUGUUAAACCAGAACGAUCUCGGUCUCACUACCGUUAUGACAUUGUUCCUGGAUCGACCACCUAUACCGGGACCAGAUGGCACGAUGAUUACGCUCAAAGGAUGCGGGACGUGUAUCGCAUUCCAUCCCGCGGAUCAGAAUGUUUUCCUGGUAGGGACGGAGGAGGGUACCAUAUAUAAAUGCAAUACGGCGUACAGUAGUAUUUACAUGAGGACAUAUCAUGAGGCGCACACUAUGCCGGUGUAUCGAAUAGUCUUCAACAAGUUCAACUCCAGCAUUUUCGCCAGCUGCUCGGGCGACUGGCGAAUUAAAAUCUGGGAAGACGAAAGACCGGAACCUUUGUUCAUGUUUGACUUGGGUGUUCCGAUCGGGGACGUUCAAUGGGCACCGUACAGUUCGACGGUGUUUGCUUGCGUAACAAACGAUGGAAAAGUUACGAUAUUCGAUUUGAAUGUUAACAAAUACAGACCUAUUUGUAAUCAACCGGUCGUCAGUAAGCGAAAGAGCAAAUUAACCCGAUUGGCUUUCAACAAUGCGCUGCCAUUUAUAAUAGUCGGUGACGAUAAAGGUACUGUAAACACGCUAAAACUGUCUCCAAAUUUGAGGGUGAAACUAAAACCAACGAAAAAGCAACAGCAUUUGUCGCAGGCGGAAUUAGAAUCUAUGAAAUUGGAGAAGUUGCUCAGUUUUGUGCGAGAGCCACCAGUGUUGGCACCACCUAAAGACGUGAGAACAACGAGCUAAGUAAAUGAAAAGUAGCGCAACACAUUAAACGCGUGUACGUAGAUAUUAAUCUUUUAUAAACAACAGUAUUUUAUUAAUAUUUGCUAUAACAGAUGGAUACACAUAUAUAUAUCUAUAUUUUUACAAAUAAAUUGGCACUAAUUAUGCAAUAGAGUUCAAAUAAUUCUACGAAGUAGUAAUUUGUGUAUCUAGACUUACAUUGGCUAAAAACAUGAUUGUAAAAAUAGAACAAUAUAUAAACGAUCAAUGUAUGUGAUAAACUAAACAAAUCGAUUUCAUCAAAAAACA